UUCUUGUCGUUACAAAUGAUAACGGAGUAAUGACGAGUUAGCCCUUUGAGUAAAAUGACAACAGCAGCCAUAUAAUUUAAACUGCAUACCAUAUCUACUGUGUCAAACGCCUUUAAGCAAUCGUUGGGAACACACUGCAUUUCUUUUUGGUACUCGGCGAAAUGUUGACUUUUUUGUUGUCAACGGUGCUACUUUUUGGGCUGGCGGAAGGAUUUUGUUUUAUGGGUGGUAGCCCGCCGGAACCGCGUGACAGCGAUCGAGGUCCACGCGCAUGCUCCCUAGAUAAUCGCGUGUUUGGGUCCGGAACGACGUUACGGCUCCCUGCUCCAUAUUGUAUGUUGUGCAGCUGUUCUAAUGGAUUCUACGAAUGCUGCGGGUACGGUGUGAAUGGCGGCCCUGUUGGGAUCGAAGGAUGCACGGCAGUAAGGCGACCAGGCUCAUGUGACCUUGAGUUUGUCGACGCCACGGAUCCUUCAAGACCGUGUGCUUCCUUUGAAAAUAACAUCCGCAAGUAAGGUUGCUUCCGGGAAAAAGAUGUCUCAAAGACACUACGUCAAUGGAGUCGAUCAAAGAUAAUAAUUAAACAAAAUAUUAAAAUAAUAUGUUUGUCAUUAUUUUAUUAUUGUUUGGAUAUUCUUUAGGAGGUAUAUAGACGAAUUCAUAUCCAAUAACAAA